AUGGGGAAGAAUAAGAGCAGCAGCAAGAAUAUUGAAGGCGAGACGAAGAGCGAAGAACAGCACCAGGAGAAGAAGGAAGGAGGAAAGAAUGAACAGAACAACCGAAAUGUGGUUUUGAAAGUGGAGUUCCAUUGCGAAGGUUGCGUCCGUAAGAUUCUCAAAGUCGUUCGAAGCUUUGAAGGCGUGGAGAAGGUGAUCUCUGAUAGCGAAACCAAUAAGGUGACGGCAAUCGGAGAAGUGGAUGCGUUGAAGCUAAAGGUGAAGGUGGAGCGAAAGAUGAACAGGGCUGUACAACUUAUCUCUCCUUUACCAAAGGAUUGUAAGAAAGAGAAGAAGCAGAAUGAAAAUGAACCAAAGAGUACCAAAGGAGACGACAAGAAAACCAAAGAGAAAGAGCCUCCGGUAACCACUGUGAUACUGAAGUUGCAUCUACAUUGCGAAGGAUGCAUCCAGAAGAUUCAAAAAGCUAUCACUAAGAACAAAGGUUACAAGGAGAUGAAAAUUGAUCAGGAAAAGGAAUUGGUGACAGUGAUUGGUUCAAUGGACAUGAAGGAACUGGUGGAGGUACUGAAGAAGCAGCUGAAGAAAGAUGUCCAAAUUGUCCCGCCAAAGAAGGAAGGGGGAGAGAAGAAAGAAGGCGGGGGCGGAGGAGGAGGGAAGGGCAACGAAAAAGGGAAGGAUGGGCAAGGCGGUGGCGAGAAGAAGGAACAAUAUGAGUAUCCGGAGCUGGAUGCAACUGCAUUUCAUGCUACUCAGCUUUUCAGUGAUGAAAAUGCCAAUGCUUGCAGUAUUAUGUGA